AUGGAUGACUGUAAUUCAGAUAUAAUUGAACAAGCUCGUCAAUUGUUUAUGCAUUGUGAUACAGAUGAUUGUGGCUAUUUAACACGUCAAGCAUUAGAUCGUCUUAGCGAUCGUUUACCAUUGACGAUUUCACAAUUGGAUUUUGUAUUCAAUUUAUUAGAUAAAGAUAAAAAUGGGCAAUUGACUUUGGAUGAAUUCAUUCAAGGUUUCGGUCAUUUCCUAGUUGACAAAGCAGCAAAUAAUUUAUUAUUGGAUGAAGAAAUUGACGAACAAUACAAUCAAAUUAUAUCAUCAUUAGAUCCAGAAAAUAUAUUAAAAAGCUAUGAACAAGUAAAACAUAUAUGGAAAUACAUGAAAUUGGCUAAUUCACAUUUAUUACCAGAAUUUGAAGAUAUGUUAAGAGCUAUAAUGAAAGAGGUUAAUGGUGCUAGAGUAGAAUAUGAAAAUAUGGAACGUAUGAUACAAAAUAAAAUAAUGAAACAAGAUGAAGAAUUGCACAAUUUAGUCGAAGAACUAGAGCUACAAGUUAAUCAAGAAAAAGAACAAUUAAAACAAAAGGAAGAACUCAAGGAAAGAGAACUGAAGGAAGAAUUAAAUAAUAAAGUACAGGAAAAAGAAAAAUUGUUAAAUGACCUUGUACAACAAUUUGAAAAAGCUUCUAUCAAAGUAGAAGAACUUCAAAAGAAUCGAAUGAGCAUCGCGCAAGAAAAAGAGAAAUUAUUACAAGAAAAAGAAGAUCUAGAACGUAAAUUAGAAGAAUCACAAGAAAUGUUAAAUGAAUGUAAAGAUUAUAUUGAUACACUACAGAAGAAAGCACGUGAAGAACGUCGACGUAGAGCAAAGGCAGCCAUAGAACUUAGUGAAGGCAUAGCAUUAGAACGUGAAACAUUAGUAAGACAACUCGAUAUGUUACGGACUAUUAAUCAGAAGUUAGUUGAUGAACAAGAGUUUAAAUCCCAAACGCUUUACGCAGUAAAAGAAACAUCACAAACAGUUGAUUUACGUGAUUUUCACAGUAAAUCACAAUCAUUUGAUAUGACCAGUGCAAAAGCUUCAGAGACAACAAUAAAAGAUACUGCCGCCUUACCACAUUUACUAUGUAGUUCAACUGAUUUGGAUGCGACAAAUUUUGAGAUCGCAGAUGCAAGAAGAGGUUCUACACUGAGUAAUUAUUUCACACCAGUAAUACUAAAUGAUGACAAUAUACGUGAAGGAGAUCUUGGAAAUAUUGAUGAAGCUGAAGAAUACGAAGAAGUUUUCAACCAAUAUCCUGGCAGUAUAUAUACCCCUCGUAUUCGAAAAACUUCACAGAAAUCUCGAGCACAUAUUAAUGAUUCAGCUGAAGUACGUUAUAUGCCAAAUGGAAGAAGAGUUUCACCUGAUGGAGCCUCCUACAUGAGUUCAAAUGCUGACUCGACCACUAAUGGAUCAUUUGCUGAACGUGUCUACAAAGUUAUAUUUGUUGGUGAUUCAGGUGUUGGAAAAUCAAGUAUUAUAAGAAAAUUUGUAUCUGGUGUAUUUGAUUUAAAUCUUCCAUUAACUGUGGCAAUUGAUUUUCAUGUGAAAUUUAUGCAUUGCGAUGGGACUAAUUUGUAUCUACAAUUAUGGGAUACAGCUGGACAAGAGAAAUUCAGAAGUAUUACACGACAAUAUUAUCGUAAAUCAGAUGGUGUAAUUAUUGUGUUCGAUGCAACUAAUGAAUCAAGUUUUUUAGCCGUCCGUUCAUGGCUUCAGUCGGUUACCGAAGAAACAGACGAGAAUACCGUUAUCUUAAUUCUUGAAAACAAAUCUGAUCUCAUUGAAGAAAAUGAUAAUAAACGUGCAGUAUCGCGAGCUACAAUUGAUAAAAUUGUUCGCGUAUAUAAAACAAUGUGCUUUGAAGUCAGUGCAAAAACUGGGCACAAUAUAGAAGAGGCGUUUAUGGUUAUGGCAAGGAAACUUAAAGAAAAAGAAGUUUAUGAACUUCAAACUCUUCAAAAUUUAAAGAAUGAUGCAAAUAUUAAAAAGAAUACAUGUUGUCGAUGA